AAAAAAAGCCUUAUCAGAAGAGUAAGCGUAACCGUUCGAUAUGCUCAAGCCGUAAGAAUGGGCUCAUCGUCGCAUAAGAUAUGUAGUAGGCCGCCGGAACCGGCUACGGUAAAUAUUCGAGUCCCGGAGAUAGCUGCGGAGGGGUUGGCGUAAAGCGUAAUACGGGAUAAUAUAUUCUAUAUCCUAUAGAUUUCAGGAGCAAGCCCGCACCAUUCGUGAAAUGUCUGGGUCUCCACAGGUCUGCGUACUUUGGCUUCAGUAGAACCGUAUGGAACGCAUUUGCCACGAACCUUGUAGUCUGUUGCAAGCCGUUGCCUUAUUACACUGCCUUCUUUUCCCAUUCUUAGGAUGGCCGUUGUUAACGGAAUCGCAACAUCGGUAGCUUUACCAAACAAGCCCGUUGAGACUUUAAACUUCACAAAUGGAAAGAAUAAGGCUUCACGGGAUGUUGCGUGGUAUCAGCCGGAGCUAAAGAAGAUCCCAGAGACAGCAAAGCAGAUCUUUCAGAACUAUUCCAAGAUUAGCGACGGUGAGAUCUUCAAUCACAUAUAUCGAGUACGAGACGAAGCCUGGGAAAUCCUACCGUACGCUUGCGUUGGCUGCUUCAGAUUCCUCGACUUCCCAGCCUCUCUUUCGCCCGCGUACCCCGAGGUCCUCGAGCGUGUUCGUGCCGGUGAGACAUUGCUCGAUAUGGGCUGCGGCCUUGGUCAAGACAUACGCAAGUGCAUCUAUGAUGGAGCUCCUCCCGACAACCUUAUAGGCGUCGAUGUUGAGCCGAGAUUCCACGACCUGGGCUACGAGCUCUUCAAGGACCGCGAGACUCUCAAGGCCCGUCUGGUCACAGGUGACGUCUUCGAUGACGACUUCUUGGAGGAGUUUCGCGGCAAGAUCGAUAUUAUCUUCGUGGGAUCUUUCCUACACCUCUUCACAUAUGAACAACAAGUCAAGAUCAUGGCUCAUAUGACGAAGCUGCUUCGAAAUCGUAAGGGAUCUAUGAUAUUUGGGCGCCACAUGGCCACUGCUCAAACGGGAGGCAUCUUCAAUGCCAAUGCCAUAGGGUGGUCGAUCUAUUAUCACAGUCCCGAGACCAUCAACCAGCUGUUAGGGUCUUCGUCGGAAGGAAAGUGGGAUGUUGAGACUAAGCUCAUUCCAUACUCCACUGCUAGUGCCGUAGUUGAAAAGGGAAUGACUUGGCAGGGCAGUGAUGAUGUCAAACAGAUGUAUUUCUCAGCUAAGAAGCUAUAAGAGUCGGGAUGACAAGUGAAUGAAAGAGACGUGUUGUAUUGAGAGACAUCCAUAGGUGCGACGAGGUCUUCGCGCUAGGAAGAGGAAGAGGAAGAAUUUACCUAUUUUUGGCGUCUCGUCUCUCUUCUCUACUUGUUAUUUAUGAUUUCGCGUUUGAGUGAAAAUGUUAAAGGGUCGGAAGAGCCGGGGUUCAAUUGACAGCAAUUGACAUUGGAAGGGCGGGUCAUAUGCAUAAAGUAAGUAUAUCUUUAUUCACUUGGGAGCAGCAUGG